AUGAACCCCGCCAACCCCGCGGUGACCUUGGACUCGCUACCCAACGAAGUUUUCGUCCAAAUCCUAUCCGACUUCUCAACUAGGGCACUACUCCCACUCACAUCAGUCAACCACCGACUCCACGCCUUGGUCCUAAGAAUCCUCCACUACCGCCUACUCCUCAGCACACCACUCAAGGAAUACAAAUUACUGCUGGAAUGCUUUCACCCUAGCUCAAAGCUCACCGAGCCACACGUCUUCUGCAAAUAUCUCGGUACAGAUGGACUGAGCGAGCGUCAUGAUGGCGCAGGCUCGUUGUACGAGAAUGUCGAUACUGCCCACCAACUGGGUAGAGUGACAGGCCUAUAUUCGCGCUUCCGUCCAGAGGCAAGCAACAAUGAAGAAGAACAAGACACAGAUGGCUCUGACUUCGGUGUCUCGCCAGGUAGGAUACUUCUGUUGUCCGGGGUGGUGGGGUUCAUACGGGCUGACAUGAAUGGGGGUCGAGAGGGCAAGGGAGAUGAUGCAGUGAUACGUGAGGUUACUUUAGAUGGAUAUGAGGAUUUCUCACAGUUAUGUGUGGUGGUCAAUCUAGUGCAAGUCAAGCCGGGGACGUCGUUGCUAUUGAGUGCAUCGACUAUUGAGGACGGGGUAGUUCGGUUAUGGAGGGAGUGGUUGCGUGGUCAAAGUGGAGAGAUAAAGAAGACUCCCGAGACUAACUUAGAAGAGGGCUCUGAAAAGGCUCGUAUUUCUUCCGACGAGGGUAUACUGUGGGUGGAUACAAGCAAGACCGUUGGGCUGAAAAUGCGCGUGCGCCCGAAGGCGUGGGAUCCGUCUUUCCCAGUGCUCGUACAUCAGGAUGAUCGGAAUGAUGAUUCUUGCGUUGGGUAUGAGGUUAUUUUACAAGGUGAGUUGCUGCUGCUAUCGAGAGGAUACCGUGUUGACUUAGUAGAACUACACAUCCGUUCUAUGCGCUUACUGUUAGCAGUCGAGCAGUCAAAGGAAGAGCAGAAAAUCCACCAAACCAACGCAAUGGUGAUUGGGGCUGCCCCAAUCUCAGUAUCUUGA